CGGUGGCGGCAGCCACCGCCCGCGUUCAAACCCGCACCGUAGCGAGCAUAAUACGCACCCAACAGAGGGGCGCGCUGUACCGCAUGCAGCAGCAGGAAGAAGACACGCGCGCAGUACUGACACGUGGUGAAAAAAAAAAAGAAGAAAGAAGCCGCCGCCAACCGCGGCUGCCGUUUCCACUGUGACGCUGCCGGCUCAGCAGCGGCAGCAGCAGCAGUUCGGCCCGUGCCUUCAGAGCGAAAGGGGGCGCCCGCAAAACCUCAGCUCCGCGUCGUGUGUUCGAAGCGUCGUCGUUCGUCGCUGCGAAGCCGACGUCGUCGUGAACGUGCGGCGCGCGCCCAGUUAUAGCGGGAAAACGGCUCCGUUCCACACCGGGAGACCCCAGCUGCGCUCGCCGCCAAACUCGGACGCCCGUCGUGUCUGCCCGACUAGCCCGACGCAGCCAGUAGUGUGUGUGUGUGUGUGUGCGUUGGGAGGACGAGCGGCUCGAGUCGCCUAGCUGGCCGCCGCUUGACACGUCGGAGCCAUGUGCUACGUGCUGACAAAACGGGGCAACUUUCCAAGUUCGGUUGUGCCCUUUCUCCUGGCCGGCAUUGCAGCGUUUGCUACCGUCAACGGAAGCCGGAUUCGAGUGUCUACUCACGACCUAGAAUGGAAACUUGGAGAUUCGUCGAGAUUUCAAGUCUUUCUCGACCCACCGCUGAACGAGACGCUGUGGGUGAGCCUGGUUGCGUCCAAGGGCGAGGACCUCCUGUUGGCCGACUCUCCGGGUCGUCACGUGAUUGCACCAGGGUCCGAGGGUGGCCUUUGGCUCAACUUGACCGCGCGGAAGGCCGGCUACGCCAUAAUCCACCUCAACGCGUCGCUGUCUGACGUCGAUUCCAGCGACGCCUUCGUGCGCAUCAGCGUCCUUCAUCUGGGCUGGCUCAACGUCCUGAGCGCAGUGUUUGGCUGGCUCUACUUCAUCGCCUGGUCGAUCUCCUUCUAUCCGCAGAUAUACCUCAACUGGAAGCGCAGAAGUGUGGUCGGCUUGAGCUUCGACUUCAUCGGCCUCAACCUAACGGGUUUCUUGGCGUACUCCUUCUUCAACCUUGGCGUCUACUGCAGUCCCGUAGUUCAGAGCGAAUACUACUCGCGCCACCCAGCGGGAGUGCUGCCAGUCGAGGUGAACGACAUCGUGUUCGGCCUGCACGCUUCGCUGGCCACUUUCAUCACGGUGCUCCAGUGCUUCUUCUACGAGAGGAAGGACCAGCGCAUGUCCCUGGCGGCUCGGAUACUUCUGGGCAUCGUCUGGGCUGGCGCAGUGCUCUACGGCGUGAUAACGAUCGCUGCGGGCCGCCACUGGAGCAGCCCCUGGCUCUUCUACCUCUACUACUUUUCCUACUGCAAGCUCGUCAUCACGCUGGUGAAGUACAUCCCGCAGGCCAUUCUCAACUUCAGAAGAAAAUCGACGAUAGGCUGGAGCAUCGGCAACAUACUCCUCGACUUCACUGGUGGAACCCUGAGCAUGCUGCAGAUGUUCAUCAUCGCCUAUAAUUAUGAUGACUGGUCGUCGCUGUUUGGGAACUUCACCAAGUUCGGCCUUGGCCUCAUCAGCAUCAUGUUCGACGUGCUCUUCAUGCUGCAGCACUACGUCUUCUACCCCAGCGGCAACAAUGCGCUCAAGAAAGUGCCCCACGACGAACUUUAGGCACGGCCCGCGACUGCCUGCCUUCCGCCCUUCAUUACAUAUGCAUACGUACAUUGCAUCGCUUUACACGUGACCUCCCUUCCGUAGAAAGAGAAAGAUGAGGACUGUUGUACGCUUGUUUCAACUGUCGUGUGAUAUAUAUACACGACUAUUUCCUCUGUCUCUCUUGUGAUAUUCAACAAGCUGUGAAUUUGAACGAAGUUGUAAUAUUUAGAUUUUAAAUUUCGGGAAUCCUAAACAUCUUACUGCCUUUACUGCAUCGGAAUUUUGCUUAUGUGAUACUCGUUUUGAAAGAGCGCCCACUCAAUUUCUUAUUUUUUUUUUCGUAUUUAAAUACAAACCUGCAGGUAAUUGAACAUGUACAAGAAACAUCAUGAAUAUUCGUAACAACAGUGUGAUAAUAUGUGAGCUUCCACAGCUCUCUACUCAACUCCGAGCAGUAGGUGAACGUUUUACUGUGCCCCACAAAACAUUUUGUUAUCGAUAUUUUCAUUUUUCUUCUUCGUCGAAGUUUCUUCUCCCGCACAACGGCAGAGAUAUCGAGCUCAAUUAUGCAUUUGUGUCGUGGACUGCGGAAGCGCGGACACACAGUGUCUCGUCAAUGUUGCUUUACUAUUCGUGUAAAUCUUGUAUACGUUAUCUACUGUACGCACCGGUUGCGAAUAUAUCGCGGUUUCGAGAACAGUGUACGUGUCGCGCUGUCUUGCUGAAUUUUUUAGAGGCGCGUCGGGCACAUCACGCAUAAGCAUACCGGCACCCCGAAUACAUUCGGGCCAUAUUACGCCUACGAAUUCCCUGGAAGCCCGCUCUGCAGUGCUGCUGGAGCGCAGUAACACGUCUACCAUAGAUUGAUACGUUUACAUAGUCAUUCUCAUAAUGGACCAUUAAAAAAAAAAGUAUCAACCGGCUUUCCCCAUAGUGCCCAAUGUAUGGCAGCGAACUCAUUGUUAAAAUGAUAAUUACAGGCCAGCUGGCGCGUUGUUCCUUUUUUUUUUUGUGUGAUAAAGGAUGAAAGGAAGGACUGCACCGCGAGCAAUCACAACGUAUACUAGCCAAACAAUAAUCCGCGUUUCAGCAGUACAUCGGCCGCCGUGUACUGGGCGAUGUGCUUUACUAGAUAGCCGGCUUGGCACUUUUCCAAAAGGUCCAUUCCACAUGUUCUUUCUACUGUAAAGAAUUUUGCGGAACACCGCAUCAUAUCCGCACACAUACAACGAAAGCAUUUGAAAUCAUUGGACUGCGUAAGGAAUGUUUCGAACGAAUUUGUUUUCCCUUAAUACGAUCGUUUUCCGGCGUGCCCUUAAUGUGAAUGGCACAAAGAAUUACUGCGAGAAUGCCUCCUUUCAACAUGCUGCUAGCGCAAUAACUGCGUUUUUUUUUUCUUAUAAGAACAAUGCAGGUAGAUUUCAGAUGAUAACAAGCGGGCAGUGCUUAGACUUGAGCCUGCAGCUCAGAGGUGCGGUAUGCAGCUGCAAUGAAAUGAGCUCUGGUUCAUGUUCUUGUGAAGUUCAGCGCGCACAAGUGACGAGAGCAACAAUGAACGUAACGCGCGCACAUUCGUUACUUGUGCAUAUACGCGCUGAACUUCACGAGAAGGUGAGUCGGUAAAGAAAUCUCGCAACUUUCUAUUCUAACGAGCUUUGGCCUCCCCUAUGCGCCAAUACCUUUCACGUGCGAAGAAAGGCAUAGGUUGGCCUUGCAUUUUGCGAGAAUCUGUCAGAGUUGGCUUAACGCGCCCUUUUGACAACUUGUUGCUGCAUACGUCACAAACUGUUCACCU